AUGCCUCUUCUAAGCAAUUUACUAGCAAAAGACAUCCCACAGACGUUUCAAAAGCUUCAAUUGCACGUCUAUGCUGGUUUCUUCUUCUUCGGGCUGUUAGGUUUCGUUUAUCUAAUGUCACCGAUUGUCAGUCGACGAAAUUAUCUGUCUGAAAAUGCUCUCUCACCCGGCUUAGUUUCCAACGACAUAUACGUUUCCAAUGAACACAUACGUGACAUUAUCGGACAAUUACGAAUGGGCUUUAAAGAAAAAAAUGUUUCCGAUGUCAUUCAAUCUAUGUUCCUCCAACGUGGUAUAGAAGCGUAUAGACAAAAUCUGGACGACGAUACGAACGAUGAAAAUGUCUAUGGUAUCGUUCGAGCACCAAGAUUAGCUUCAACAGAAUCGAUUAUCCUGGUUGCUCCACUUUACGUUCGAAUACAAAGCAAGUCUCAACCAAUAAAAGCCAAUCUAUAUGGAAUUGCACAUACGUUAGCCAUUGGUUUUGCACUUCAUCGUAAGCCGUACAUGGCAAAGGAUAUUAUUCUUCUGUUUCCUGCUCAACAAGAAAAUGGAACACGUAUUUGGUUAGAUGCUUACUUUAAUACUAAACCUGAUUCCAUUCCACUCGAUGCUCAUGCUGGUUCUAUUCAAGCUGGUUUAACUUUGGAAUUUCCUCAUGAGAAAUUUUACUCUAUUGAUCUUCGUCAUAACGGAAUCAAUGGGCAAUUACCAAAUCUUGAUUUAAUCAAUACAAUUGUACAUUUAUGUGACAAAAAUUCCGUUCCAGCAUCAUACUACGAUAUCUAUGUAGACUUAUCAUCCAACGAACUUUUUAUUGAUUACAUGAAAAAAUCCUUACGAACUUUAUUGAUCAAUGCUCUUACAUUAGCCACGGGAGUGCCCAGCGGUGUUCAUGGUCAGUUUUUACAUUAUCGCAUUGAAAUGAUUACGUUGUUUGGAAGUCUGACAAAGCGUGAUCAAUAUCAAACAUCACCAAUUACUCUUCGUGCAUUCGAUGAUAUCAUCGAAGGUUUCAUUCGAAGUUUAAACAAUUUACUUGAACGUUUCCAUCAAUCAUUUUUCUUCUAUUUACACAUCAAUCGACGAAAUUUCGUUUCGAUUGCUACCUACAUGGUACCACUUGGCUUAAUCGUUGCUCCAGCAUUAAUUCGAUCUCUAGUACUCUACAUGUCUUUUUUCACAUCGUCGGAAACAUCAACAACUACGUAUAUUACCCUCGGUCGUACAAUGAAAUUCGAUAUGAACUAUUCGGCAAUGUUUCUGGAGAUCUUAGAAUGCUUAGCAUUAUCGUACGCAUUGAUGUGGAUACCAAUGAAAUUUACUUAUUUGAUCAUUUGUCAAAUAACUAUGUUCAUUAGUCCAAUUCUUCUUCGACCAUUUCGUUCAACUGAACGGCAAUUCGAUUAUCUUCAAUUUAUCCUGUUACUAACUGGUUCAGCUCUGUUAGGUUGUCUUUCAUUAUUGAAUUAUUCCAUGGCGUUUCUUGCCGCUUGUUUCUUAAUGCCGUGCUAUAUGUUUGCUGGUUGUUCAAAGUUCGAUCACUGGAUUAUCAAAUACUUUUGUCGAUUUUUAUUUCUAACUUGUCUUAAUCCAUUAGUUUUUCUUGCGCUUUAUCAUUAUCUGGCCAGGUUGUUAAUGGCGGGCGAGUUUCUUCUGCCCAAUUUCAAUCAAUUGACAUCUGAUUUCGAUACAUACAUCGCCUCGUAUCGAUUGUUCAAUGCUUGGACAGUCGAUGUCGUUUGCUUAGCAAUUGUACCAAUAUGGUUUUUACUCUACCGAUCAACAUUUUGGAUUCGGACAUAG